AUGGCAAUCAGGAUUGGCGCCGGGUGCAAAGUAGAAUCCCAGCUUCCACUGAUGCUACAAAAUGUAGAUAAUGGGAUCCACGGCUGUGCGGAUGAGGAUCCUACAAACAUGUUUGCUAGUACGACAGCACCGUCGUUAAGUAAUAGCCAGGAGACUAAGGCAACAAAGAAAUUUGAUCAUAAUGCUAAGGAGAAGUUACGUAGGACGAAACUCAAUGAUGCUUACUCUUCCCUCAAAUCUUUACUGCCUGAUGCUUAUCUAUCAAAGAAGAAAUGGAGUUAUCCUAUAGUAGUUGCUAAGGUUCUUGAGUAUAUACCGGAGUUACAAGAAGAGAUCAAGAAGCUGAAGCAAAAGAAGGACAAUAUUUUACUUAGCUCUCAAGAAAAACAAAAUCGAAUGGUUUCGUCCGCAGGAUUAUAUUCAGGUCCAACUGUUUCAACAGUUGAAAUUAAUAAAGGAGAAAUUAUAUCCCAAAUAUGUGUCCUCCGGCAACUUGAUGUUUUCCCCUUGUUGUUAGAGAAUCUAGAACGAGAAGGAAUUCGUAUAGCCAAUGCUUCUACUCUCUCAAUCUCUGCCGAGAGAAUGAAAGGACACUCGGAUCAGCCAACGCAGUAUGUUGAUAAUUUGAGGAAUAAGAUUGUUUCAUGGUUAUUGCCAGGCACGCUGUGA